AUGGACGCCCUGAGCUUUGCUAUGGGGGAGCGGGCUGCCGCUCUCCGGGUGAGCCACCUCAGAGAACUGAUCCAUGGAGCUCAGAUCGGGCAGCCUGUGGCCGACACCGCCAGCGUCGACAUGCUGUACUGCGACGAUGAGGACCAGGAGAUCGUCUUCAGCAGAAGUGUACACGGUGAGUGAAAAGAGUGAAGCUUUAAGAGGCUGUCCUGAUUAAUAUUUGUCAUUAUAGGUUCACAUUUGAUUAAGCAAAUAGUGAUCAGAUAUGACUUUUUAUGUUUUGCCCUGACUAGAUUCAUUUAUUAAGGCUAAGCUGCAACACAGUGCUGUUCAGUGUUCUGAUGCAGUAAUAAUGACACAGUUGGGAGUCAAUAACGCAAAGUACCAAACUUUAUAAAGAUUAGUUACUGAUAAAAAUAUGUGUAUUUAUAUUUAUAUUUUCCAAGUUGCAGAUUAUAUCCAAACAGAUGCCUAUAAAACUGAUGUUCACUGUUUUUUAGGUGACUCCUCCGAGUGUCUGAUUAAUGGUAGACAUGUCAGUCUGGCAAAGUACAUUGAGGAGCUGCAGAAAAUUGGCAUUUUUACCAAAGCCCGAAACUGUCUGGUGUUCCAGGUAAACACUCCUAUAAAUGGUUUUUGUUAUGCACUUACAUAUUUACAAAAUGCAAAGAAAACUGACAUGAAAGUACCAUAAAAUUCAUUGUAUAAGACUUACUUUUAAUACCUGUAGCCGUGUUGUACCGCAUCAAUGAUUAUGUCAAAACACACUGCACAUUGCUGGACAUAAAAACACACAAAUAUGUCAGAGAAAGAAAUCGGCCCAGCACAUAUAUAACACUGUAAGUAAAUGAUUUUUCUGUGCAUGGUUUCAAUUUCAGAACAAGUCUGUAACUCAUUUUGCUUCUUUUCAGGGAGCAGUGGAGUCCAUAGCUCUGAUGGACCCGAAAGAGAGGACCAAAAUGUUUGAGUCCAUCAGUCAGUCGAAAGAAUUUGCUGCAGAGUAUGAUCAGAAGAAAGAGGCUCUGCUGAAAGCUAAAGAGGACACGCAGUUUCACUUCAACAAGAAGAAAUCUGCUACCAUUGAGAGGAAACAGGUGUCCCGGGAGAAAAUGGAGGUAGAUUCACAGAAAAAGAGAAAUCUGAUAUCCCUGCCACUCUGAAUGAACACUUUAAGCAUCAUAUCUCUUUCUUGACUGAGCUGCCUCUUGGAAAUUUUGCUUAAAAACCUGGAAAUGAAUUAAAACAAUGAAUCCCAAAUGCCAAGCCUGUGCAGGUGUAUAAAGUAGCAGUAAUGGCUAGUUUAUGUUUGCGUACUCUCCCCCUCUUCUUUCCCAGGCUCAGAAGUACCAGACUCUUAUAGAUGAUCUCUACCAAAACCGCCUGCAGCUGGGUCUAGCUGAGCUGUACCAUAAUGAGAUAGGCAUCAGAGCCCAGAACGAUGCCCUUAGGGAGAGACAGCAGGCUGCAGAUGUCCAAAACAAUAAACUGGCGAAGGCGGAUAACACAGUCAAAACAUUCAAAAAGGAACAUGGACGCCUCAACAGAGAGCAGCAGCACAUGGAGAAGGAGAUCCUGUGAGUGUAGAUUGACUUUUUUGGCACAGUAUAUUUAUUUUUUGUCCCACAGUAUAUUUGUUUUAAAAGUCUCAAAUGUCCCUCAACUUGAAUAAACCUUCUCUCCCUCUGUCACUCAGUGCCCAGGAACAACUCCAGUCCCAGCGUCGCUCCCAGUACAUAAAAGCCAAAGUGAACACCUCCCAUCACUCGAAGAAAGCAGAGGAAGUCGAUAAAGCCCUGAGGAAGAGUCAGGCGCUGAUGGCAGCUAAAGAGCAGGAGCUGGCAGAAGGACGGCAGGAGAUCGCUGAACUGGAGAUGACCUGGAGGAGCUACGAGAAGCAGGCGCUGGUGAGGGGAGCCUCCCGGGGGCGAGACAUCGAUCUGGAUGAGGAUCAGGUGAGUAUGUGCCGCCUACUCUCCCAUCCAGUCAGAGAGGCAGCAGAGAGGUUGGAAGCUAAAGCUAUAUGUAAUUUAUUUUCCAAUGCAAAAUCAUACCACCCCACUGGUACUUCAAAUUAUGAAAUAAAAAAGUAGGUUAUUGGCUUAACAUCCUGAAUGUGUUUUUCUACUACAGCUGGAGCGAUACAAAGAGCUGAAGGAGCUGGCCAGAAAGCAGGGGGCUGUCCUCAGCCAGCAGGCGGAAAAGCUGCACUGGGAGGUCAGAGCGGACUACGAAAAAGUAGCCUUUGACCAACGCAGGAAGAAGGAAGUGGAGGUACUCAACUAUAAACCUUACACUAAGAUUUAUCUGUAUCUGUGAGCGAUUUAUGACUGGACUAGCAAAAUGUUGUCUUUGGCCCCUUGGUGUGCCGCAAAAACAAGUAACUGACUUAACUUGUCAUCAAGUUUUAGGUGGACAUGACAAACUUGGAGGCACAUAAUUGCUUAUAAUACACAUCAUCAUCAAAAUAAUGUAAAGCUUUGAUUAUUCCCACUCUUAGUCGUGUUUUGGUCUGAAACAGAAAUAGGCUUUUUGGGAAACAUUGUGCUCUUAAUUGUCAGUUUUUUACAGAGCAGUUUUUUUUUUAACAAACUUUAUCCAAAAAGUACUCCACAAAGGAAUGGAGAGCUAACCAUACAGUAAAACUACCGUAAAAUUACAAAAGCAACACAAAAAAGAUGAAGAUUUGUGGAGUCUGGCAUCGCGCACUGACGUUUUAAAAUACUGCAUAAGAUUUUUAUUUAAUGGCUGCUUUACUGAGACUCAGACUUCAACAUCCUCUGUUACAGGCUGCCAUCAAAAGCAACCAGGCGCAGCUGGAGGAUUUAACACGAAGAGCAGAGAAGUUAGAGGAAUACAACAAGACCUGCAAGUAUGUGGCAUACCUGUACAAUGUAAUACCAGCUGAUGAAAGCAUAUCUGUUCCCAACAGACUUUUGUUUGAAUGUAAGGUUGUUUAUCAGUAGCAGUUGAUGUGCAACCCCUGACAGAAACAGCACAUUGAAAAGAGGGACUUACUUCAUGUUUCAGGACUUCCCUUGAAGAGUAUCGUCAGAGGGAGAAGAGCCUGAGUGCGGAGCUGCAGCACGGCCACCAGCGCCAAGCAGAGGUGAACCAGGAGCUGAGUCAGGUCCUGGAGGAACUGGGAAAUGCCCGUCUGGACAGCCAGGAGAGCAGACGCCAGCUGCAACGCAAAGAGCUGGUAGAGAGGCUCCACAGACUCUACCCUGAAACAGUGGUAAGAGUCAGACUGAUGGCUGACAGUGAAUUUAGCUGGGAUGACUUCAAGAAGUCACUCAGGUUCUGCUAAAAUAAACCAUUACAGUUAAACAGACUGGUACUUGUUGGAUCUUUUGUGCUGCUGAAAUUCUUGGCUUCAUUUCCUCCCAUUUUUCUCUGUCAAUAUUUCCCUUUUCUUCCAUGGCAGUAUGGCCGUCUGUCUGACCUGUGCAGCCCCAUCCAUAAGAAAUACCAGCUGGCUGUCACCAAAGUGUUUGGCCGUUACAUGAACGCCAUCGUCGUGGCCUCUGAGAACGCAGCCCGUGAAUGUAUCGCAUUCCUCAAGGCAGAGCGGGUUGAACCUGAAACCUUCCUACCCAUCGACUACUUGGAGGUAAGUUGAAUCUCCUCAUAGUUGAACCAAAAAGACAGUUGGUGUAUCUCUGUAAGUUGGACAGUUUAUUUGCUUUUGUUCACUUCUUGCUUAGGUGAGUCCUCUGAAUGAGCGACUGAGGGAGGUGCCUGGCGCCAAGUUGGUGGUGGAUGUCGUCAAGGUGAACACUUCCCCAGCUGCUGCCCAGCUGAGGAGGGUGGUGCAGUUUGUCUGCGGCAACGCUCUGGUGUGUGAGACCAUCAAAGAAGCAAGGAGCGUGGCCUUUGACAGGCAGGGGCGCCUGAAGGUAAACCUUGUCCUCAUCCAAAGAGAAAAACAAAACAUCAUGUAUUUCCAGAUUGAUAUUGAGGAGGUGUGCACCCUGUUCUCUGAGGCAAUCAUAUGGUUCAUAGAAUUGACUUCAUCAGGGGAUGCUUUUGAAAUCGUACACCAACAAAUUGGUGUUAUGUUUUUUUUCCAUUCUUGUAAAGAUUAUAUCUCAGCAACAUCUUGAGGGAAUAUCAUCCAAAACUGUUUUCAUGUUCUCUGUAGACUGUCUCUUUGGAUGGGACUCUGUUUACAAAGUCUGGUAUCAUCUCCGGAGGCUCCAGUGACCUGAGAUCCAAAGCUCGGUGCUGGGAGGAGAAGGAGAUGAAGCAGCUGAUGGAACAGAAACACCAGCUGACGGCAGAGUUACGGGUGAGCAAACACAAGAAAACUGCAAAACCAAACUGUACUGCACCGUACACUGAAGAAACACAGGUGUAUGUGCAAUGCAUGAGUAUUUUACUGCCCCAAGUGGAGUGGAGGGUUUCCCUGACUAGGCCGUUUCCCCCGCUACCUGACUCUGGUUAAGCUGUAGAAGAUAGAUGGAUGAAUAGAUGGAACUUUCACUCUGUGAUUUGCCCCCUGUGAUAGGAUUUGAUGAAGCUGAAGCGGAAGGAGUCAGACCUGAAACAGAACACAGCUCAGGCUCAGGGUGUUCAGACACGUCUCAAAUACUCCACAUCUGAGUUGGAAAACCUGCGGAAGAAAAACAUCCUUCGCUGUCAGGCGGUGAGGGCCACUGACUCUUACUUUGACAGAUUCAUAUCAUCUCUGUUGUUUAGCAUGGAUGUAUAGUUUGUCUUUUCAAUCUCAAAGCUUGUAUAUAUGCCAGAGAAUAAUCAACAGAAGCUUGACGGUCCUCACUCUCUUCUUUUUUAUCAGGAGAUUUCUCGUAUGGAGAGUGAACUGGCAAACCUGGACUCUCAGAUCCUGAUGCAGCAGGAGAUGGUGGAGGCAAAAGAUGACGAGAUGAAGAAGAUUAGAAACCAGAUUAACCAGGUAAAAACCUAUUACAGCAUGAAAAACACCAUGUAAGGGAGACUGUCCAUGACACAUACUGAUGCAUCGUCAUUGAAUUGGAGUGUUGAAUACUGUUCAAAUAAAAAAGAAAUCCAAAAUCACAUCACUGUGGACUCAUUUUUAACCUUCUGUUAUUUACAUUUAGAGGCAAACGUCACUCAGUUUAGAGAGUAGUGUCAUAUUUGGUAAUUAAGUGAACUGCUCUAGAUGUGGCAGCUGGUAGAAAAUUCAUCCUUAAAUCUGCUUGGCUAUGGUGUAAUUUAUAGCGUUAAAAACAUGAUGGAUGCUCUGUGUUUUUAGGUGGAAGAUUUAGUGUUUUCUGACUUCUGCGCUGAGAUCGGUGUGGACAACAUCAGGGAGUACGAGCAGGAGUAUCUGAAACAGCAGGCAGAGCUGGACAAGAAGCGGUAUGACAACCAAACACUUGCAUCUCCAGUCAUCUACCCUGACAGCUUCACUUAAGUGAUUAAAUCUUCAGUGAAAUUAUGAAUUGUUGUAAAUGUUCUCUUCAAACAGACGGGAAAAUCACUUCUGUAAAUCACAAUUUAAAACGUUUGGGGAAAAGAAGAAAUGAUUUUUAAUAUUUUGAAACCAUUCUGUUACUUGACGUAAAUACGUGAGUUAACUAAUGCAACGAAGACAGUGGAGGAACUUCAUUUUUUGUGAUCAGAAAUGUUUGAAUUUGUCUCCUUUCAGUCUGGAGUUUGAGAGUCAGCGCACUCGCCUGAACGGCCAGCUGGAAUACACUCAAGACCAAGUGAGGCAGCAGAAGAAGAAGAUCCUCAAACUGACAGAAACUAUUGAACAGGCGCGGAGAAGCUUGGCUGAACAGAGAGAGGUCAUUGCAGACUUUCGAUCUGUGCAAAAUGACACUGAACCACAGACUGUUUACAAGGAGAAGAUUAAUCUGAAGACUGAUCAUUCUCAGUGAUCGCAAACCUCAUAAGCUUGAUGUCUUCACUUCUCUUAAAGGAUGAGGAGAGGCUGCUGGUGGUGGUAGAGGAGGGUCAGAACAAACUGCUGGAUCUUAAGAACCGGCUGCUGUCGAAGAAGAGUCAGGUGGCCGCUGCCAAAGCUGAGCUGGACAAGGAAACCCAGACUCUCCAAGACAUGAACAAGUAAUCACACCAAAAUCUUGCUUUUCUUUUUUGUUGGGUUUGUCUCAAAGUGGUCGAUUCAAAUUGAAGUUGUGAGACUUUCUAAUAGUUGGUAAGAGGUGACAAAGUUUUCAGACUUUAAAUCAUGCUGCAGUACUGUUUGAAUCUUUUAUUAUCCAGGUUUGAGACAGCUUUUGAGGUCUUUACAAAGAUUACAGCAAACAAACAACUUAUUCAGAACCCAUGUCUGUUUUGUGAUGAAUUACUACUUAAAACCGAACACCAGUGUGGGUUUUUUUCUUACUUUACAUCAAAACACUCUGAUCCUUCAGAAAUUCCAGGCUACCUUUGACUAACAUGAUACACCUUGAAAUCAAUGCAACUAAGAAGUCGUUCCAGCUCAUUUAUUUCUGCCUGUUUGUGUCUCAGAGAGUCUGUGAAGCUCCAGCGGGAGGUGAUGACUGCAGAGUCCGCCUUGGAGCAGAAACGUCUGGCCAGACACAACUUACUGCUGACCUGCAAGAUCCAGAGUCUGCCCGUCACAAUGCUGUCUGGGAGCCUGGACGAAAUCAGCGAGGUGCAGGUGAGAAACAGGGGAGCACAGAGGGGUUUUAAUUUUAGAGACUGAAACUCUUCGAAGGAGGACAUAAGCCCUGAGCAAGUUUUGAAAAGAACAGGAUGAUAAUUUGAGCUCAUGUUUUCUGCAGGUAAAGGAGGAGUACACCAUGGUAGCUACAUGCUAACAUUAGCACUUGAUUGAUUAUGACAGGAAAGCCUUUAAAUUUUUUGAAAACUGAAACAUAAUGUGAAAAACUUGAUUUUCCUGCAGCUGGACACAGAGUCUGAGAGCACCUUAGCCACCAUGGACAUCUAUGACAGAGAAGCGCAACUGGUCAUCGACUACUCUGAACUUGGGCCAGAUGUCAGGGUGAGACAGGCAGCCUCAUUAUUGCCCUCAACUCCUCAUAAUGCAGAUGAUCCGGAUUCAUUCUCCUGUGUGUGUGUGCAAAGGCUCUGCUGGAAAAGACACAAGCGGAGGACUACUUGGAGAAGAUGAAGGAGUCGGUGUCCUCCGUAGAGCUGCUGCUGCAUCGCACUUCUGCUCCCAACCUGAAAGCUCUGGAGAAGAUGAGGGAGGUGACGGACAAGCUGCAGGGAGUGACUGAAGGUAAUGUGGUGCUUCAUGUAUGUUGAUUUGAAAACAGAUGUAACUCACAGUGUCAGACCUUCAGAUGUGAACAGCUCUGAUACAUGUUUAUGCUUGUUUUGGAUCAUUUAUUUUAUUGAAACAGGAUUUGUAAUAUGCAAACUGCAGUUUCCAGACUCCUGAUUCCACUUUGUUUUCUGUCUCUACUCAGAAUUUGACGCCAGCGCUAGAGCAGCCAGGAAAUGCAGCCAGGAGUUCGAGCAAGUGAAAGUCCAGCGCUUCCAACUCUUCAGCCAGUGCUUUGAACACGUGUCAGUCGUCAUCGAUCAGAUCUAUAAACGAAUCUGCAGGAACAACAGCGCCCAGGUGAAGCUACCAAGCCUGAAACGAAUCAUCCCACUCACAUUUCUCUGUAAAUUUACAGCCAAGUCAGUUUGCUCUCCUAAAAUUCAAGGUUAUUUUACUCUAUUGUGAAGAACCGUAUAUCUGCACCUACUGUUAGGGGAACAAGUAUUUUGCCAGUAGUUUCAGUCAACAAGUGAGUUUUUUUCUACACUGCAGAAUUUUUUUGUCUGACUAUAAAAAAUAUCAAGGAGUAUCUUCCAAAAAGAAAACAGACAACCCCAAAGAGGAGAUCUAAUAAAUAAAAACUGAUGCAGACUUCUUUAUACGCUCCAGGCCAUUCUGAGCGCAGAGAAUCCAGAUGAGCCAUACCUCAGGGGCAUCAACUUCAACUGUGUGGCUCCGGGGAAACGUUUCAUGUCCAUGGACAAUCUGUCCGGUGGAGAGAAGGCCAUCGCUUCCUUGGCUCUACUGUUUGCCAUCCACAGGUAACACUGGGCUAGAAGCAGCUGGUUUAUAACCAUCCACAGUGAUGAAUUACAGCUCUGAAAAGAGGGUUUGCAGACGCACCACAGCUGUCCACACUCCACAGAUGAUAUGAUCAACCUCAGUUCUCUCUGUGGGCUGGGACUACUCAUGGUGUUAUGAGUUUUUAAGCUGAUGCACAGACUAAUGUAGUAAAAGAUAUGUAAUUUCAACGCCUGUUAAUCCUCUGGUCUUUCAUAUCAUUAACUUUAUUUGAUGGAUUUUAUCUACUGACAUGAUAUCUGUUGACUUAGCAGCUUUUUUCCUGCUGAAACUUUUUUUCUUCUUCACUUUUCACCUCUUUGAUAAUACAGCGCUGUGUGUUGGACUGUGCUUCAGAUGGUCUUUCUGAAGCCCUCCUCCUACAGUAUUUAACACCUGUUGCAUCAGUUCUCAUGACAGUGGACCUCCUAUUUAACCAUUACUGUUGGUCAGCAUAUGUUUGUGUGAUUCCUUCAAGUUUUCGCCCUGCGCCCUUUUUUGUCCUGGAUGAGGUGGAUGCGGCUCUGGACAACACCAACAUCGGCAAGGUAACACUUUACAACACCACAUACGUUUAUAUAGGGAAAUAAUGUGUUCAGUUUAAAGAGCACAAAAGAACAACUCGGGUACAGUAUUACCAUCAUUACGGUACCUGAUUUCUAAGCGUGUUUUUGUUUGUGUCCAGGUCACCAGUUUCCUCAGAGAAGAGUCCAGAAGUAACAUGCAGAUCAUCGUCAUCUCCCUGAAAGAAGAGUUUUUCUCACAGGCCGACGCUUUGCUCGGAGUCUACUCAGAUGUAGGAAAACUAUUAGAACACAUUGUUCGGUGAGGAAGAAAUUAAAAUGACUCUGAGCAAACUCUGUACUUCUGUCAACUUUUACAGUUCGAUGAAUGCAUAUUGAGCCGCAUUCUGACCCUCGACCUGCGUUCCUACCCUGUGGUUGAAGAGGACAAGGAACAACAGGCAGAAAGGGAGAAGUCCAGACCUGUGUAGCCGGGGAAUCUGCUGGAUGAAGCCUUUACAUGUGUGUCUUUUGAGUUACUGUUCACACACCAUGAAAUUGUCGACAGCAAUUUUACUUAGAGUUCAUGAAGUAGUUACCUGAAGAAAGGGAGAAACUUCAGUUUUCUAUGUUCCUUUUUAUGCCGUUGACUACCUCAAGUAGCUGGUUUUGUGUUUGUUAAAGAGAAAACGAGCAAAUUUUGCAAGAAUUAGUGCUAUGAAGACUCUUUAAAACAGUUGCUACUCCUCACACAUUAAAAAGACUGUUCAUGGUUUUAAUCUAGUUUUAAAUCUUUCUGGAUGUUCAGGAAACAUUUUGUA